AUGGCAAGUUUGAGAGUUUCUUGUGUGGUUGCAUUGAUGUGCAUGGUGGUUAUUACUGCACCAAUGGCAGAGGCUGCAAUCACAUGCGGAGCAGUAAGUAUUGCUCUUUCUACAUGCGUUCCUUAUCUUAAGGGUGAUCCUAUUCCUUCACCAGCAUGCUGUGGUGGAGUGAGGGGCCUUAACGAGUCGGCCCAAACUAUCUUCGACCGUAGGUCUGCUUGCAACUGCUUGAAAAAAUUUGCUGGUAGCAUUCUUGGUUUGAAGCCCGGCAGUCUUGCCGCUCUCCCUGGCAAAUGUGGUGUUAGUCUUCCUUUCACAAUUAGCGCCUCUACCAACUGUAAUGAUAUUGCAGCAUCAGAUUCUAAAUAUAGCGUGGGUGAGAGGAAGAAGCAGAUAGCAUGGCACUUCUUUCUACUGCAGUAUUAG